CAAGAUCGGGAUGUGGUGCAGAUAGAGGGAUUAGAGGCUAAUGAGUUUGUGAUGUUAGGAAAAGGACGCAAGAAACAGGUAGGAGGAAGCGUAGCCCUGCUCCACAGGAAGGCGCUGCAGAUACAAAGGCCUGACUCAGAAGAAAUUCUGUGUCACCUGUAGCAUCAAGAUCAAGAUCAAGAUCAAGGACUAUUCACCUCACUCCUCCACUCACGGCCAACACUGACUGAUCUGGGUGGCUGCACAAAUACCACUCAGGCUUUCAAGACUCAACCUCACCAGGACCUUCCUACAGAAAAUGAACCAACUCCACUGCAUAUAGCUCAAACACCUCACACCUUAUACUGCACCUUUGGGGCACUAGAGGCUGUGACACACAGCCUGCACGGCCCCAACAAAGCCCCAAGAAGAAGAAGAAGACGAAGUGAGGCGAUAAGGAGUAAAACAACAACAACGAUAAGGAGUGUGCUUUCUCAUGCAAAAAAAUAUGUAGAGAUCAUGAGUGAUUGUAGCGAUGAAGAAGUGAAAGUUGGCAGUGAGAAAAGCAAGGUAAUGAUGUGAAUGGAGUAGAGGAUGAGAAAUUCAUUGAGAUUAUGCCCGUAUUCAGAAACUCACUGCUCUCUCACCAUGACUAUUUUUCAAAGGCCAUAGAAUUAGUAAACCGGGUUCACAAGAGUGUUUUGCCAUCAGUCAGUGCUGAAAUAGUGUUAAUCUCUCACUAAAAGGCCAUAGAAUUAAUCAAACAGGCUUUCAAGAAUAUUUCGCCUACCAGUAAUGCAGAAAUAGUGUUAAUCUCUCAUCAGAAGGCCAUAAAAUUUAUCAGCUGGGUUCUCAAGAAUGUUUUGCUUGUCAGUAAUGCAGAAAUAGUGUUAAUCUCUCACUAAAAGACCAUAGAAUUAAUGAACCGGAUUCUCAAGAGUGUUUCAUCUAUCAGUAGUGCAGAAAGAGUGUUAAUUUCUCACUAGAACAGUAGAAAUAUAUGGCAGACUCAUAAUAUACAUGUCCCACCCGCACUCCUCGAUUCCCAUCUUGCCCUUUGCAGUUUUUUCACUCAGCUGAUUUGACGUCACAUAAUUGUACUGUAUACUGUCACCACUGUAAAAAAAAACUUGCGGCAACAUGUACUGCUGACAUAUCUUCUGCAAAACAAAUUAACUCUAUCUAACCUAACUAAACUGAUCUAACCAAAGCAGACCAGCCUAACCUGACUGGCAACACUGAAAAAUUAAUAUGAAGUCGUUACCUUAUUUCUCUGUAAAAUCUGGCGAUACAAUGGAUAAAACCAAGGCGACACCCUGCACAUCCACAGUUCAGACACCUUCCAUAGACUGAUUCAUAUAGAGUUGCUUCUCCAUAAACUGCUCUGAUUGGCUAGAUUUAUUAUGUAUUAUUUUUGUUGAUCAGUGGCUGCAUGCUCAGUCAAAAGAACCAAUCACUGUCAUUCAUUUCACAUGUGUGCAAAUAAUCUGACAAUAUGCACACAUGAAUGAACACACAUAAUGGUGUUCCUCAGUGCCUGGCAAUCCAUAACAUGGGUGGGUGUUGCUUGCUCUCCCCAAAAAAUGUAAAUUUGAAAAAAAAAUUGUUAUAAAUAGUUUGCAAUGGGUGUGUAUGGGUUCAAAUUACUCAGAAUAAUAAUAUGAGAAGGGUAACAAAAGCCUUGUUGCUGCUGGUGUAACAGUAUGAUAAUGCCAAAUAGAUUAGGAAGAAUAGCACUCAAUGGCUUAAAAUUUAGAACAGGUCCUUUGUUUGCUAAAUAUGGCCACCUGUUUCUUUAGAUCUUUUUAGGAAGUACAAUAUUGGUCUAGUUCAGUUUCUGUCACCAACUAAACAAAAACAUACUUAAUCUAACCAAACCUAACCCUACAUCUAACCUAAACUAACCUAACCUAAAUCCAACGUAGCAUAGCCUAACCUAAUCUAACUCUGUUUCUGGCAAAAUGUGUUGAAUUUCCAAAGCUUCAACAUGAGUCAAUAAUGCAUGGAAAAAAAACUAGGUAAACAUGAAGCUCAGCAUGCAGCCGUGUCAUGAGUCACUGACAAGGACUGUAGUAGUGGUGAACAUGAACCCCUUAGUGCACCUUAGUGAGGUGUUGGGAGUGUGACGGAGGUGUCAUUACAGGCGAGACUUGGUGCGGUGGUGCAGGUCACUCGGUGGUGGUGUGGCGGCGCCAGUGUGUGUGCCGCUUCAGUGUGGACAGAUUUGAGACUGCUGAUCUGUGGAGGAGGGCGGUGGUGUUUGUGACUGGCAGACAGAGGUGGUAUUAUCAGUCCUUGGGCAGAGAAAGUUGAGGUUGAAGAUGAACACUGUGGCCAACCAGACCUCUGUGGAGACCCGCAAGACCAUCGUCACCCUACACUGCCAGGGGCUGAGUGUCCCUGAGGUGGCAAGGAAACUGGGAGUAUCUGCCAUCAUUGUACAGACCCUGGUGGAUUAUUACCAGUCCAUCAUCAACAGGUCACAGCACAAACACCCCAUCUCCCUGCAGGACAGGGCCAUUGUGGAGGCCAUCAGGGCCAACCCCAACAUCACCGCUGCACAGCUUAAGGAGCAGUGCAAUCUUCCCUUUUCCCUUCACACUGUCAAACACCUUGGCUUUGACACGCCUCCUGUGGGUGGCAGUCCAGGACAAAUACUUAGGACAGACCUGACUGGAGCUUCUGUCAAGAGGAAGAUUGGGAAAGAUAGUGAAGGCAGUGAGAACUCUUGCAUGAAGAAGAAGUGUACACUGGAAAGGAAAGGAGAUGAGGUGGCUGUGGAUGUGAAGCACGAGGAAAGGGAGGAAGUGAAGAUGGAAGUGAUAGAAGAAGCACUGGAAGAGGAGAGAGAUAUGUUUGAUGUGACCACCAGAAUACAAAUAAUUGAUGGGUGUGUUAUGGCAAAUUCCUGGGCACAAGUCAGCACAGAAGACGACUCAGACAACAGUAGUGGCACAGAAUCAGCUAUCCUGCCUCUGCCAUCUCCUGAAGGACACAGAGAUGAUUAUAGUGACACAGGACCUCCACAUGUCCCUUUGCUGCCUCCUGGAGUUGACACACUGGUGCAGGAAGGUCUGGUGUUUACUGAGGUAGAAUCUGUCUUACCUGUGGCCCCUCCCAAGCACCAUCCAGUCAUGAACACAAUGAGUCUUGGUGAUGUAAGUAACACAAAACUCAGGACUGUACCAUUUGAUUCCCAAGACUCAGCACAGAAGAGGGUGAAUCCUGAAGACUCAGACCUUGCAAUGUUAUCCUGGUUCCUCAUAACUCACCACGCAGAGUCAGAAGGGGGCGUGGCAGAAAUACUCGUACUACAAGAGGUAGAUUUGCAGCUACAGGUUCAACACGUGCUGCUGCACAUCAAAGUGACUUUCAGUCGAGUCCAUAUGACGACUUUAUUGCAACUAUGCCUGUGUUUGCUGGCCAGCCUGUUGGAAUAAGUAUUGUAUUCCCAGAAGUCCAACAUGAUUCUGAUUAUUUUCUGGGGCACCUGAGCAAUGAUUUAUUAGAUCAUAUUGUGAAUGAAACCAACAAGUAUCAUGCCAAGUAUGUUAAGGCUCAUGAGAUGCCCCAUGGCUCACAUGGGAAGAAAUGGGCAAAUCUAACAAGAGAUGAACUUCUAACAUUCAUAGCUUUGACUCUGCUCAUGCCUCAUGCCAGGAAAUCUCUAAGACAUGACUACUGGAACAGGAGUGACCUUCUAUUCAUGCCAAUAUUUGGAAGUUAUAUGACGAGAGACAGAUAUAACAAUAUACUAAGGUUUCUUCAUUUUACUAGUGAUGAGAGUGCUGAUCCACUGUAUAAAAUCAGACCAGUGCUGCAAAAUCUUAUAAAUAAAUUCAGUACCUUUUUCAAACCUUUUCAGAACAUGGUCAUUGAUGAAUCUUUGAUGCUUUUCAAGGGGAGAGUAAAAUUCAAACAGUAUAUUUCAUCAAAGCGACAUCACUUUGGAAUAAAAAUGUACGUGCUCUGUGAUUGUGAAACAGGAAUUGUUCUAAAUUUGUGCAUCCAUUCAGGAAGCAAUGAUGAUAUCACAAAAAAUCAUCCUCUUGGACUUUCUGGAUCAGUGGUAGAAGAGCUAAUGAAAGAUUAUUUAGGAAAAGAACACAUACUGUAUACUGACAACUGGUAUACGAGUCCGGAGCUGGCCAGGUUUUUAUGUGAGCAGAACUCUGGUGCAGUGGGCACUGUCAAACCAAAGAGAAAGCAUACGCCAAACUUUCAAGCAACAAUAAAAGGUGACUUGAUCAAAUACAAGACACGCAAUAUGAUUGCAAUAAAAUGGCAUGAUAAAAGAGAGGUGCAUCUACUAUCUACCGUCCACAGUGGCCAGAUGAAAAAUACCAGAAAGAUUCAUUGGAAAACAAAGGAGCGUAUCUUCAAGCCUGAUAUUUUCAUUGAUUAUAAUGAAAAUAUGAGGCUUGUUGAUAAAGCUGACAUGCAACAAAGUUCAGUGGACAGCCUCAGAAAAGGUAUAAAAUGGUACAAAAAAGUUUUUUUCCACUUGAUAGAUAUUUGUAUGUUGAACAGCUACAACAUUUAUAUGACAAAAACAGGUGAGAAAUCAUCUUUAAGAUUAUUCAGAAAGAAUGUCAUAAAAGAAAUGUUAGAUAGAUUUGCCACACCAGUGCCUAUGCAUUCACGCAAAGGAAAACAAAGCCCUGGAUCUCUAGAGGGACUACAACGUCUACGAGCUGAAGGACUGGCAACUCAUUAUCCAGUUCAUGUUCCUCCCCCACCACGAAACCUACGAAAGAAGGGACAGCGGGAAUGUGUUGUUUGUAAAACAACAGAGAUGAGGGAGAAAAAACGGAAACUGGUUACCACAAUGUGCCAUGGAUGUGAUGUUGGGCUAUGCUUGGGUGAUUGUUUCAGGCUGUAUCACACAUUGAAAUCAUUCUAAGUAGAAGAAAGAGAAGUGUAAAUAGAUAUACACAGAGCAACAUAGCAAGAUGACCUGGUAUGGACCUCUACAUUCCACAGACGACACAUACCAGUUGCAAGGAUGUAGGGCCUGCCUCCCUUAUCACCGGCAUGGAGGGGAGAAAUAUCCUUCAUGUGUCUUGCAGCUCGUCAACCAUUACUUGGUAUGGUAAAGUAAAUGUUUUACUUUGUUUCUGCAAUAGUAAAGUAAAACUUUCUCCUUUUUAUAUACAUAGGCAGGUAUGUGAGGAGAUAACACUCUCUCUCUCUCUCUCUCUCUCUCUCUCUCUCUCUCUCUCUCUCUCUCUCUCUCUCUCUCUCUCUCUCUCUCUUAGAUAUGAUUGAUAUGGCUACUCCUAUAUAGAAGAUAGAAACUCACAUCCUUCAACAUUCUUAAAUAAUCUUCAUGAAAUUCCAAUACUAUAUACCUAAAUAGUUUCACAUAUGUAAAUGUCUAAAUUAGUACUAUUGUAAUAAUAUUACUAUUAUCAUUAUUAUUGUUAUCAUUAUUAUUAUUAUUAUUAUUAUUAUUAUUGUUGUU